AUGGCCCCCCAGGAGGCAGCCGCCGGCAAUACUGUCAUCUCGACCCCGCCAUCCUCCUCCCCAUCCUCCUCCUCCUCCUCUUCCUCCUCCUCCCCCUCCUCUUCCUCCUCCACCUCCUCCUCCUCCUCCCCCAUCCCCCCCUCCUCCUCCUCCGAGGCAGCCGCCGGCAAUACUGUCAUCUCGACCCCGUCCUCCUCUUUCUCUUCCUCCUCCUCCUCCUCCACCACCUCCACCUCCUCCUCUUCCUCCUCCUCCUCCUUCUCCACUUCCUCUUCCUGCUCCUCCUCCACCUCCUCUACCUCUUCCUCCUCCUCCUCCAGUGACAUCCUGGCCAUCGCGCGCCGCCCCCCUUGGACUCCUGGAGGCGCGGCGGAGGAGCUGAUCCUUCCUUGA